GCGCCACUAGCCGCCUCCUAGCGGCCCGGGCGGCGACCGCACUCCCCUUCCAGCCCAGAGGCCGGGGCAGGGAACUACAUUUCCCAGGGCCCCCCGCUGCCGGCGCAGGGAACUACAUUUCCCAGGGCACCCCGAGCCGCCCCUUGGUGACUUCUUGGCGGGGCGGCUCGCAAGACCCAGCGUGCUUGCGGGCCGGAGGGCCAUCCUGAGGAGGGGAAGGAUGCCGCCGGCCGUAGGCGGAGGCCUGGCAGGGUCCGAGCUGCGUCCCCGGAGGGGCCGCUGUGGGUCCCAGGCUGCUAGGGCCGUGGGCCCGGACGUGGCCACCGAGGCUACAGCACGGAGCCCCAAACGGCCUGCUCCGAGCUCGCGGCGCUUCGAGGCGCCCGGCCGGUGGGCUCUGCUGGCCCUGGUGACGCUGAUGUCCUUCGCCACCCGCUUCCAUCGUCUGGACCAGCCGCCGCACAUCUGUUGGGAUGAAACUCACUUUGGAAAAAUGGGAAGUUACUAUAUCAACCGCACCUUUUUCUUUGAUGUGCACCCGCCUCUGGGAAAGAUGCUGAUAGGUCUUGCUGGCUACCUGAGUGGAUAUGAUGGCACCUUUUUGUUCCAGAAGCCUGGGGACAAAUAUGAGCAUCACAGCUACUUGGGAAUGAGAGGAUUCUGUGCGUUCCUCGGCGCUUUGCUGAUCCCCUUUGCCUACCUCACUGUACUGGAGCUGUCCCAGUCCCUCCCGGCAGCGCUGCUCACGGCUGCCCUCCUCACCUUUGACACAGGAUGCCUCACUCUGUCCCAGUACAUCCUCCUAGACCCCAUCUUGAUGUUCUUCAUCAUGGCUGCCAUGCUGAGCAUGGUCAAGUACAACUCCUGUGCCAACAGGCCCUUCUCUGCCCCCUGGUGGAUCUGGCUCAGCCUGACUGGCGUUAAUCUAGCUGGUGCUCUGGGGGUCAAGUUUGUUGGCCUCUUUAUCAUCCUGCAAGUGGGGUGGAACACCCUUUCAGACCUUUGGCACCUGUUUGGAGACCUCAAUCUUUCAAUGGUGACUGUGGGAAAACACCUGACCGCUCGCGUCCUGUGCCUCAUAGUGCUGCCGCUGGCUCUCUACACGGCCACCUACGCUGUUCACUUCAUGGUGCUGAAUAAAAGUGGUCCUGGUGAUGGCUUCUUCAGUUCUGCCUUCCAGGCCCGGCUUUCAGGAAACAACCUUCACAAUGCUUCCAUCCCCGAACACCUGGCCUAUGGCUCUGUGAUCACCGUGAAGAGCGCGCGGAUGGCCGUCGGCUACCUCCACUCGCACGGGCACCUCUACCCCGAGGGCAUCGGCGCCCGCCAGCAGCAGGUCACCACCUAUUUGCACAAGGACUACAACAACCUGUGGAUUAUCAAGAAACAUAAUACAAACUCAGAUCCCCUAGACCCUUCACUCCCAGUGGAGUUUGUAAGACAUGGAGACAUCAUUCGACUAGAACACAAAGAGACUUCUCGGAACUUGCACAGUCACUAUCACGAGGCCCCCCUGACCCGGAAGCACUAUCAGGUCACAGGCUAUGGCAUAAAUGGGACAGGAGACUCAAAUGACUUCUGGCGGAUUGAGGUUGUAAACAGAAAAUUUGGAAACCGAAUCAAAGUGCUGAGAAGUCGAAUUCGCCUCAUCCAUCUGGUGACAGGUUGUGUCCUGGGCUCCUCGGGAAAGGUCCUGCCCAAGUGGGGCUGGGAGCAGUUGGAAGUCACCUGCACUCCAUACCUAAAGGAAACCCUCAACUCCAUCUGGAAUGUGGAAGACCAUAUCAAUCCCAAAUUGCCAAACAUCAGCCUGGAUGUGCUGCACCCCGGUUUUCCUGAGAUAAUGCUGGAGGCCCACAUGGUGAUGAUCCGGGGGAACAGUGGCCUCAAACCCAAAGACAAUGAGUUCACGUCCAAACCCUGGCACUGGCCUAUCAACUAUCAGGGCCUGCGCUUCUCGGGGAUCAAUGACACCGACUUCCGAGUGUAUCUGCUCGGCAACCCGGUGGUUUGGUGGCUGAACCUGCUGAGCAUCGCCCUCUACCUCCUCUCAGGGAGCAUCUUUGCUGUGGCUGUGCAGAGAGGGGCACGUCUGCCUGCCGAGGUUGAAGGGCUGUCCCAGGUCCUGCUGCAAGGAGGUGGGCAGCUCCUGUUGGGCUGGAUGAUCCAUUACUUCCCGUUCUUCCUGAUGGGCCGGAUCCUCUACUUCCACCACUACUUCCCCGCCAUGCUCUUCUCCAGCAUGCUGACAGGCCUUCUGUGGGACACGCUCCUGCGGCUUUGUGCCUGGAGCCUGGCCUCCUUUUCUCUGGCUGGGCACGUACACGCGCUGGGAAUCCUGAGCCUUCUCCUGGGAAUUGCCUACAGCUUCUACCUCUUCCAUCCUCUGGCUUAUGGGAUGGUUGGUCCGCUAGCCCAGGACCCCCGAAGUCCGAUGGCAGGACUAAGGUGGCUGGAAUCAUGGGACUUUUGAGGCCACUGCAAGGACUCCAGCCUGCGUCCAGGAACUUCCUGGGGACAGCCAGCUGUGGAGCCAGUCCCUGGACCCUCCCAGCUGUGGAGGAAGCUGCCUGAGGAGCCUGCGGAAUUCUGCCACCUGCCAGGACCACGCCCUGGGAGCAUACCCGGAGUUUAAGCCACUAGAGAGGGCCAUGGCGCUGCUCUAACUGCACAGGUUCCUCCGCUGGGGCUGGCUCAGCAACAGGCGACAACAUCUCUCAGGCCCAUUUCCCCGAGUGUGCAGCAUGAGGAGGGAUGAGUGUGCGAGAGGGUGGGUGUGAGUGUGUGGGGGAGUGUGCGUGUGAGGGUACGUGUGUCUGUAUCCCUGUGGAAUAUAGACCGUGACUGUGGACAGCUGAGUGUCAUAAACUCUAAGAAAUCGUCCAGAGCUACAGUAGUAUUCUCUGGGGUUUUUUUUCCACACUGGAUUUGGUUUGUAAGACUCAUCAAAAAUUCUCAGACCUCCAAGAAGGCUGAAAGCACUGACCCUACCUUGGGAUGUCACCAAGGGCAGAGCAGAUGGUAUUGUCACGGCUGUGCUGCCCUCCUUCCCACAAAUAAGCAAAUACAGCUGAGGCCCCUGAGCCGGAGGGCCCGCCUCCCAGCUGCUUCCCCGCGUGGCUGCUGCCGGGAAGUCUCCUCUGUGGCCGCAGGCGGCUGGACUUCCGCCUGCAAUGUGCGCAGAGGACGGGGCCCCAGAGCGAGGCAGCUGAGGACUCACCAGCCCUGGUGGCCCUCCUCAGCCCUCGGUUCCUCGCUGUCUGAGAACGUCACGUCACGAGGUUGGUGGGAGGGACGGCACCCUGUCCUUGGCUACUGUGUGUUCUCAGGCCCUGUGAGCCAGAGGUGGUUUCUGGCUGCCCAUCCCUUACCCUCUGCAUCCAGCCUGACUGUGAGGGUGGGCCCGAUGCAUUCUCCUGAUUGCAGGGAGAGCCUUUGGGGCCCCUCUCUUAGCAGCUGAGGCGGAUGUGUGGCAGAGCAGGGAUGUGUAUGGUGCUGGGCUGGGGUCCCAGCGGGGCGUCGGGGUGUGGGCUGCCUUGGCCUUUCUGGGCUGGUGUUCCUGUCACUCACUAAGCUUUCCCCAUUUUUACUUCUCUAGUCCUCCCCUGCUGACAGCCCCCCUCCCUUUCACUUCAUUUCAUUUCCCUUACUCUGUGUCACUGUCUCACCAAUCUCUUUUUCCCCAGAGACCCAGAGCACCAAGAAAUGCCUUGGAGCUUCUCCUCCCUACCACUUUGAAGCCCAAGCAAGAAGCUCAGAGCUGUUCCUUUUACUUCCUCCCCAUAUGAAAGAGAUAAAGAAAACCCUUGGGUUAGAACUGAACAAACCCAAGGCCAAUCCUUCAGCCGGCCUCCGUCCUCCCGGUGCAUGACAAAAUAUUGUUUUGUCUCAGAGGGCUGUGACGCUUCAAGGUUUAAUGAUGCAUCUCUGCCACACUCCAUCGUCCCUCCUCUGGAGCCCCCACCAGCUCUGACAGGGUCAGAGCUCUUUAGAGCAUCUUGACUAGGCGGUUGCCACGGAGACUGGAAAUUGGUCCCAAGGACAGGCUGUGCUACUUACUGGGUGGUGGGGAGGGAAGCUUCUGGCCAUGCUCGGACGUUCAGACCAACCAUCAUUAACGUUAAUAGAGGAAAUGCAGCAAUGUCAAAAGCAAGGCAGGUUUGUUAAUUAGAUCUGGGACCUGAUGACCUCCCUUUCCCAGGGCUGCAGCCCUUUUGACUUCCCCCAGCAGGAAGCGCUGCCGGGUGCUGAGUCUGGGCUGCUUGCUUAAUUGCAUUUCUGGAAGGGAAGGAGAACUGGGGUGGAGGACCUCCCGCUCUCCCCUCCUCCCCUGCUUCUCCCUUUCUCUCCCCCAGGCCAAUUUCGUUUCUUCUGAGCUGGGUGGGGGCAGCCAUCUUGGUGGGCUCUCCUGGAGGUGGAAUUCAGGAACCUGUGGUUGGCUCUUAGCAAAGAACAACGGCCCCACGAUGACAACUGGAAGGUGGCUGAUGUUCCCUCGUGCCUUAUUUCCUAAUAGGAACUUGCUGGAAGGGAGGUGCUCUGAAGGCAGCCACUCUGAGUGAGGGUGAGGAAGGAGAAAGCACAGCCAGCUUCCUGCCCAUCCCUCCCUCCUAAUUCGGCCACGCUGGGGACAAAAGUUUCCUUUGUCUCUUACACUGCUUUCCAAAGAUGGAGAAGAACUGCCCGCCCACUCCCUCCUCUUCUUUCUCACCCAGACUGGCAGACACUCCUCUGGGGACAAGGCCGCAUGGGUUGAUGCAACUUCAGGUACUCAGGUUCUGUUGUUGGAAGAUGCAGGGGAGAAGGGCUGUCGUGGUGGUGCUCUGAAUAUGGGCUCCAGCCCCCAGGAGCAGGCAGAAUGUGACACGCCCCACAGACUUGCUGGCGGAGGAAGGAGACGUAGCUCAACCUCCAGCCGGCUUCUUGAACCACGUUUUAUGUUAAAAAAAAACUUUCCACAGAUAAUCAGAGGCUGUUUACUUUUGUAAUAAAUAGCGUUUA